AUGGAUCAGUCUAUGACCAUGAUCGAUGCCCAGGUGCAAUUCCUGGAGGAGCAACUGGUCCUGGUCCACAUCCCUCUGGAACUGUAUCCAUAUUUCUUCAAACCAGUUUUGCGACUCAUCUUUGACGAGAUCGCUCCUUUGCAAGAUAGCAACCAAGAUGAAGAGGAUGUACUAGAUGACUCCGAGUCGAUUUCUGAUGCGGGCGCGGAGUACCGGGAACCUGCAUUCCUCAACGUCUCUAUCACCCCGGUGGAAGUCUCGGUCAUCUGCCCUCGACGUCUGGUUGAAAAGUACUUUGACCCUCUUAUCAACCAACUCAGCCAGAUUGAUGCUUCACUGCGGUCUCGUGUGGAUGUCAGCGACAAUGACUACAUUGCAAUGCAAGUUCUCGGCCAAGGGCUGGAAGCUGGCAAGCGAGUUCUCGAAUUGACCAGUCCACUGGCCAUGGCAGGAAUUUCAAUCUUCUUUAUCACAACCUACUUCUCCGACUACAUCCUAGUCCCCCUCCGCAGCAAAUCCAGCGUAAUCUCCACCCUCGAAAGCCGAGGCUUCCAAUUCGAAAACGCAAACACAGCAUUCACAAACCCGCUCAGUCCACCCGUAGAACGAAAACUCAGCGACGCAGUUGGUCCCCCAGUGACACCCCCACCCUCAACAGUCGCAGAACUACAAACCCGCACAUUCGAAAACCUCCGCAAACGCCAGAUUUCCCCCACAGUAGACACCACUCUCCGUCUCGUCCAGUGCGCCGCACACCACCCGUACCAUCGGCAGGAGAGCUCGAUGUCGAUUCUGCGGGAUGCGCUGGCCAAGGUGCUCCUCGUUGAUGAACCGCGGUUUUUGUCGCUGACUCUUGCGGCGCUGGAUCCGGCUGCGUCGUUGCUUCUGGAGAAGAGGUUGCUUCCGCGGUUUUCGCGGAAGACUGAUGACGACGAUGGGUCGAGUCUGCUUCUCGGUGCGCAGGGAGAUUAUCUUGUUCCUAUCAUGUUGGAUCUACGUGAUCUGCCGCUGGAGGCUUCGGGUAUUGUCUGUGGUGUGGCGGGUCGACUCGCUGAAGCGACGAGCCAUUCAUCGCGGGAUGCUCAUGCCGACACCAACAGCCAGGUCAGUAGCCAACAGAGCAGUGUCAUCGGCUCCGUUCCCAAACUGUUCGAUACAUUCGGUACUCAGUUGGCACUUAAUGAUAAGAAACCGUCGAGUCAACACCAGCUUGCCCCGGUGACGCACCACCUCAAGCCGGACUUGGAUUCGUCCGCCGAUGCAGUGGAGAUUAGUUUCCUGAGUACCGCGCGAGCGGGUACUAUUAUCGUGGGCGAGGAUGAACUACAGAGAGCCAUUGACGCCCUCGAUGCGGAAAAGGUACAAGAUUCACCGGCCGACGUGGUAUCUGAUACGACCGAAGUGGGACUUGGACUGGAGACGGAGACCGUCGAUGUUGAACAAACCGAAGACUGA